AUGCCGCAAAAAGCUUUGAAAGUGACAAAGAAGGCUAAGGACCCACGCAGGGUUACUAAGAAACAAAAGAACUUAAAGAAAGCAGCUCCACUACAGAUCAAAUCAAAGAAACAAUCUCUUCAGCAUUUGAAAAAAUUGAACAAGACAUACUCUAUUACAGAAUCCACUGAAAGACUAAUAUCAAGUCGUGUUGGUCAUCUCGAGCUAUUGAAGGGUACCCGUAAGGAGUUGGCAAAGCAAGAAAAGAAGCUAGAGGGCAAGAAGAAAUAA